AGGUCCUCAGUCAUUGACCACUCAGCCUGGCCCAGCCCCAUGGCCUUCAAUGACCUCCUGAAACAGGUGGGGGGCGUCGGACGCUUCCAGCUGAUCCAGAUCACCAUGGUGGUUGCUCCCCUGUUGCUGAUGGCUUCCCACAACACCGUGCAGAACUUCACUGCUGCUAUCCCCACUCACCACUGUCGCCCACCUGCCAAUGCCAACCUCAGCAAAGAUGGAGGUCUGGAGGCCUGGCUGCCCCUGGACAAGCAAGGACGACCUGAAUCUUGCCUCCGCUUUACUUCCCCCAAGCGGGGACCACCUUUUUCUAAUGGCACAGAGGUCAAUGACACCGGAGUCACAGAGCCCUGCAUAGAUGGCUGGGUCUACGACAACAGCACCUUCCCUUCAACCAUCGUGACUGAGUGGAACCUUGUGUGCUCUCAUCGGGCCUUCCGCCAGCUGGCCCAAUCCCUGUACAUGGUGGGAGUGCUGCUGGGAGCCAUGAUGUUUGGCUACCUGGCAGACAGGCUGGGCCGUCGGAAGGUGCUGAUCUUGAACUACCUGCAGACAGCUGUGUCGGGAACCUGUGCAGCCUAUGCACCCAACUACACUGUCUACUGCAUUUUCCGGCUCCUCUCGGGCAUGUCUCUGGCUAGCAUUGCAAUCAACUGCAUGACACUAAAUGUGGAAUGGAUGCCUAUCCACACCCGUGCCUAUGUGGGCACCUUGAUCGGCUAUGUCUACAGCUUGGGCCAAUUCCUCCUGGCUGGUAUCGCCUAUGCUGUGCCCCACUGGCGCCACCUGCAGCUUGUGGUCUCUGUGCCUUUUUUCGUUGCCUUCAUCUACUCUUGGUUCUUCAUUGAGUCAGCCCGCUGGUACUCCUCCUCAGGAAGGCUGGACCUCACCCUCCGAGCCCUGCAGAGAGUGGCCAGGAUCAAUGGGAAACAAGAAGAGGGAGCUAAACUGAAUAUAGAGGUGCUCCGGACUAGCCUGCAGAAGGAACUGACUCAAGGCAAAGGCCAGGCCUCAGCCGUGGAGCUGCUGCGCUGCCCCACCCUUCGACACCUCUUCAUCUGUCUCUCCAUGCUGUGGUUUGCCACUAGCUUUGCCUACUACGGGCUGGUCAUGGACCUGCAGGGCUUUGGGGUCAGCAUAUACCUUAUCCAGGUGAUUUUUGGAGCCGUGGACCUGCCUGCCAAGUUCGUGUGCUUCCUAGUCAUCAACUCCAUAGGCCGCCGGCCUGCACAGUUGGCCUCCCUGCUGCUGGCAGGCAUCUGCAUCCUACUGAAUGGCAUAAUACCAAAGGGCCAUACAAUCGUACGCACAUCCCUGGCUGUGCUAGGAAAGGGCUGUCUGGCUUCCUCUUUCAACUGCAUCUUCCUGUACACCGGAGAGCUGUACCCCACUGUGAUUCGGCAGACAGGCCUGGGCAUGGGCAGCACCAUGGCCCGGGUGGGCAGCAUCGUGAGCCCACUGGUGAGCAUGACUGCAGAGAUCUACCCCUCCAUGCCUCUCUUCAUCUUCGGUGCUGUCCCCGUGGCCGCCAGUGCAAUCACUCCCCUGCUGCCAGAGACCUUGGGCAAGCCGCUGCCUGAUACAGUGCAGGACCUGAAGAGCAGGAGCAGAGGAAAGCAAAAGCAACAGCAGCAGGAACAGCAGAAGCAGAUGAUGCCACUUCAGGCCUCAGCACAGGAGAAGAAUGGACUCUGAAAAUGGAAGGGGCUUCACAUAGCACUAAAAGGUGUGGGGUUCUACAGGUCCUACCAUCUACAUGAGGAGCGGAAGUGAGUGGAGGGACUGGAUCAUCCAAAUGUGAAGGCUGUCAUUCAGAGAAACGCCUCCCCAAAGGUCACUACAGUAGACCCACUAGGUACAAAAGGUCUGACUGUGUGCAGCUUCUUAAGCAGAAUGUGCUCUUCAUCAGCCAUCUUCCAGCUCAGUAGUCACUCCUCGAGCUCCAGUGCCCUCCACCUCCAGGACAUUGUAAAGAAUCCAGACAAUUAAAUGAAUCUCUUCUACCUU